AUGGAGCUGGGGGACUGGCUGGUGCUGCUGGGUGCACCCAACUCACUCCACCACCCCCAGCAGCCCCCGGAGACCCGCUGCAAGGGUGCUAGGUGUGGCCUACUGCUGGCCAUCCAUCGGAGGACUGGGACCCUGGAGACUGGCAACCAGCCUGGAGGUCCCCGGGCCACACCCCCUCCGCCUGACCCCCGCGGCCCCGCCCUCCGGCGUGGUCCUGGGGGCGGGGGCGGGGCGUGCGCCCCCUGCCCGCCCGGCGUGCGCUCGGCUGUCUCCGCGCCCAGCGCUCGGCGGCGCUCGGCUGUCUCCGGCCGUUCGCCCCCACUCUCCCUCGCGGGGUGCCGGUGCCUGCGCCGCACCCACCACCCCGCCCCUCGUGGACCCGCCGGCCCCGGGCCUCCUCCGCCAGCCCUAGAUCGCCGCGGGUCUGCUGCCUGGGACCCCGGCCUCCAGCCACACGGAAGCCCAGCCUGUGGAGGCUGGGAGCCGGCUGCCGCUGGUGCUGAUGGAGGGCCCACAGGCAGCCACGUGGCUUGUCCGUGUGUCCGCAGCGCCGUCGGGAAGACCUGCCUGCUGAUUAGCUACACCACGAACGCCUUCCCCGGGGAGUAUAUCCCCACCGUCUUCGACAACUACUCUGCCAAUGUGAUGGUGGAUGGGAAGCCAGUCAACCUGGGACUGUGGGACACUGCGGGCCAGGAGGACUACGACAGGCUGCGGCCUCUCUCCUAUCCCCAGACUGAUGUCUUUCUGAUCUGCUUCUCCCUGGUGAGCCCGGCAUCCUUUGAGAACGUCCGUGCCAAGUGGUACCCAGAGGUGCGGCACCACUGCCCCCACACCCCCAUCCUCCUGGUGGGCACCAAGCUGGACCUGCGGGAUGACAAGGACGCCGUCGAGAGGCUGCGGGACAAGAAACUGGCACCCAUCACCUACCCACAGGGCCUGGCCAUGGCGCGCGAGAUUGGUUCCGUCAAGUACCUAGAGUGCUCAGCGCUGACCCAGCGGGGCCUGAAGACAGUGUUCGAUGAAGCCAUUCGCGCUGUGCUCUGCCCGCCCCCCGUCAAGAAGCCUGGCAAGAAGUGCACGCUCUUCUAGAGCCCACCUUGGCCGGGCAGGUGGCGGGGAGCAGCCCCUCAGGCAGCAGGGUCUGCUGUUGUGUUCAAGUGUGUAGUGUCCCUGAGUCUG